AUGCCGCUCUGUCUCAAUUUCAUCGACUUGAAGAAGGCCUUCGACUCAGUUGAGACGGAAGCGGUCAUGGAAGCCUUAGACAAUCAAGGCGUCCCUACUCAGUACUUAAAGUUACUUCGAGAGUUCUACAGCAACUUCACGACCGGAAUUUCGCCAUUCAACAAGAAUAUCGUCGUCGACUUGAAGACAGAGGAGAACGCAGGGCGAAAGCUGGAAUGGGACAUGGGAGUGAAGUUUGAUGGUCGGCAGCUACACCAUUUGCGCUUUGCUGACGACAUCGUACUGAUAACACCUAGCAUCAGCCAGGCAGAACGAAUGUUGACCAAAUUCAACAAAACAUUGAAGAAGACUAGGAACACCCGGCUCCGUGCUCACCUCUUCAACACCACCGUACUUCCUAUUUUGACCUAUGUUUCGGAAACCUGGGCAUUCCGCAAACAGGAAGAAAAUGCGGUGAGGGACGGGAUUCGAAGUUCUCUCUUACGUCAGCGAUCGAAGAUAAGAGAAGCCACCACGUUUGCCAAGGAAAGUAAAAUAAGGUGGGCCGGACACGUGAUGCGCUUUAACGACGUUGGACCAGAGCCUCCCACGCGAAAGGAGGAACCACUGGGCGACUCUGGCACUGGACAAAUAGAAGGAUUACUGGCGCUCGCUCGACCAGUUCAAAGAUCAACGGGAGUCAAGGUGAUCGAGGUGAUCAAGUUUGAGCAAGGUGACCUUGGACUGGGAGACUCUAGAAUUGGACGAAUUUAUUAUCUAGAUAGGAAAAAACAUGGAAGAAAGAUCGCCGCAUACAGGCAGUUCCUUAUCAGCAAGAUCACUCUUCUCCUCGAAGACUCAAACCAGCCUAAGAACGAAACAAAAAUAGCGAAAGAUGUCGAUGAAGUUGUUGAUUUCGAGACAAUGUUCGCAAAAAUUCUUGUUGCUGAUGACGACAGCAGAAACUUUAAUACGCGACAUAGUCUUCGCCGACUAAAGGAUCUGCAAAAAUUGAUGCCUGUGGUGAACUGGGCACAGUACUUCCAUUCUGUCGCUCCCAACGUAGUCCACGAGUACUUUGCUUCAAACCCAGAGAUUAUCAUCGCAGAAAUUGAUUUCAUGAAAAGACUCACAAAUCUUCUCCAGUCGACGGAUCCUCGUAUUAUUACUAACUACGUUUACAUGCGGUAUUCAUCAAGUUGGGUCGGAGAGCUAGGAGAGCGUUAUGAAGACAUUUUACAGGAGUUUAAUCGUGUAAUGUACGGGAGAAAUCAAAAAGCGCAAAGGUGGAUAAGUUGCACUGAUAAUAUCAUGCAAGGAAUGCAAUACGUAAGCGCAGCUAUGUACGUAAGGAGAGUGUUCGAUAAGACAUUGAAAAACAUAAUUUUUCAAAUGAUUGAGGAUUUGCAAAAGGUUUUCCGCGAAAUAGUCAUCACGAGCGACUGGAUGGACAACGAAACGAAAGCUAAUGCCUUGGACAAAGCGAAGCAAAUGCUUCGUCAAGUUGCUUAUCCGGACUUCGUUCUUGAUAAUGCAAAAUUAGACGAUCAUUACAGUGGUUUCUCAGUUGAAGAAUCUGACACGUACAGUCAAAUGGUGGGCAAACUUUCAAAAUGGUGCCUUGAAUAUCGGUACAAGCAACUUAUUAAACCAGUAGACCGAACCGAGUUCAACUUUAACUCUGCAGUCGUAAACGCUUACUACUCUUCAACGUCUAAUUCCAUUAAGCUUCCUGCUGCCAUAAUUCAAGUUCCUUUCUUCCAUCCUACUUUUCCGAGAGCACUCAACUAUGGUGGCAUUGGAGCAGUUAUAGGACACGAAAUCAUCCAUGGAUUCGAUGAUAUUGGGCGACAGUUCGACUCCUUUGGUAAUCUACGAGAUUGGUGGAAUGCUGGAGUGAAAAAGAAGUUUGAAGAACGGUCACAGUGCAUCAUCAACCAAUACGGGAAAAUUGAAGUGCCUGGAACUGGCCUCAAGGUAAACGGCAAACUCACACAAGGAGAGAAUAUCGCAGAUAACGGCGGGAUAAAGCAAGCUUUCAAGGCCUACAAAAACUACCUUCUUGAUCAUGGAGAAGAAAUGCGUAUCAAGGGACUUGAGCAGUACAACAACGAACAAAUGUUCUUCUUGGGAUACGCAAUGGUAAUCUUCAACUGCUCUCCCACUUUCAGCAAAGAUUUCUAUCUCAAAGUCCGAGAGCAAUAUUAUGCUUCUCUUGCUUAUUUGUAA